AUGAGUGAAAAAUCAAACAACCUAUCUCCACUAAGAAAAUAUAAUAGUAGUUAAGAUCUUUACAAGACUAAAUCAAUCCUUUCUACUACCGGACAUGAAAAGCCAUCAGCAUUUGAUGCUAAGCCAAGUGGUUUUAUGAAGCAAAAUCCUCAGUCCUUGAAGACUUUACUUCAAAUCCCAUAACAUUUAAAACCAUAGAAGACUUCUAUUGAAAGUAAAAUAGAAGAAAUGAUCUCUAGCGGAAUAGAAGGUCUUUCAUUCACUCCUGAAUUACAUUCAAAGAUAGCAAUGAUACUCAAACAAGUUACUGAAAACAAGGUGCAAUUCGAUCAGAUGAUUAAGAUGAUGCCUUCUCUGAUUGAAUAAGAAACUGAGUCCAACAGCUGGGCAAAGAUUUACAAGAUGCUUAUCUCACCAUUUUCUAACAAUUUCAAGAAAUAUGUGGAGUAAAAGCUCAAAGAAAAACGGCUGCAGGAAAUAAAUGAGGCAUCUCCAGUUGGGGCUCCUCCAGUAUAGACAUUCACUCAUUAGAAAACGUUUAUUUAAAAUAAACCACAGUAUCACUUCUUUAUCAGAGAUAUGAAGCAUGAAAAGCUGAGUAAAGGAACCACUAAGAAGGAUAUUGAAAAGUAUAAUAAAAUACUAUCUGAAAAAGACUUGCUUGCAUUAGUAAAACUUAAAAAUACUAACAAGCUCUCUUUUUCAUUCGUUGAAGAUAUACUAGACAAAAGAAAAAUGCAUGAAUUAAGAAGAGAAAUAAAGCAGAAAGAUGAGGAAAUAUAUUAGAGGACGAUGAGCGCAGGAAAACUGAAUAAAAAAUCAGAAUAUCUCAUGAAUAAAGCUCAUAAAGCUCUGAUUAGAGAGGCUAGAAUUAAAGCUUCCUAUAAUGUAUCAGCAUAUGACGAACACCUUGAAAACUAGGAUAUUGUAGAGGAGUAUGACGAGAUAUCUCGGGAUUACUUUGAGCAGAAAAGAUAUUACAAUAAGAAAGUAAUGCCUGUUGGGCUGAACACACUUCAUGAUAAACUUGUAAAGCAGGCAAUCAAUUACUUCCACAAAAAGAUUCACAAUGAGAUUUAGUAGGAAGAUGGCUAAAAAAUUGAAUAUACAGAGAUCUUCAACUCAUAAUCACCAAGAAAGUUCAAAGUCGAAAGGAAUAAGACAGCGUAGAGUUUAAAAAGAACUUUAUCUCUAAAAGAUCAUUAAGCAGAGGCUCCAAAUAAUAAAAGACUUUCUCAGAUAGCUUAAAUCUCAAGAAACCAAAACUCAUUGAGGACCUAAAAAUCACAUUAAACUGAUUUUAAUUUCUAGUCAGAGUAAUCUCAAAAACCUUUGACGCUUAAACCUACUAAUAUGAUCUUACCUGAUAUAAAUCUAAAUAAGGGACCAAAGUUUCUUAACAAGUAGAUGCUUAAAGCAGCUACAGUUUCUAGGACAGGAAGAGGCUAGAGCGUCAACAAAGGAAACAAGACUUCAAGAAACGCAGAUUUAUUGCCACUUUUUUAACCACCAUCUAUAUAGGUAUCUGCUCAAGUUAUUGCAGGACCUGUGAUGAGUUCAAAUUAGGAUGGAAUUAUUCAAAGUAGCCAAUAAAAUUAGAUUUUGACAGAAAAUCAAGAACUUAAAGAUGAUUUAUAGCAUUAGAAUGGUGGUAAUAUGCUUACUCCAUAAGAAAUUUAAUCAGAUAAGCAUAUUUUUGGAGAUUAAAUGGAUGGAUAUAAUGAGAUUUAUAAAGCUAAAGUUCAUAAAAUACUGAAGAAGAGAAGUGAAAGUAAUAAGAAAAAGUUGAGGAUUAAGAUGCUUACUCAUGAUUAGCUUUUGGAAAAGUAGUUGAAAACUCUGAUUAAAAAUGAUGCGAUAAGAGGAUAUUUUGUCAAUUAUGAUGAGUACAACACUGUAAAAACUUAUAGAGCAACAUUUACUAAAUCGGAUCUAAUUCCAUCUGAGUAAACACAAAGACAUUAAAAGCCGAAAAAACUUAAAAAUAAAGAUAAGAUAUUAGCUUUAUUCGAUUGA